GACUAAUAACGGGGUGAAUUCGAGAGAGCUCCCGCUCUGCUGCUGUGGAAUACAAACAUCUGGCUGAGGAGGAAUGACCUGGAGGAGGCUGCAGAUGCUCCGUGAACAUGUUUAACUCUGUUUCCAGCAGCUUGGUUUCCUCCGGGCCUGAUGAUAUUUUCGAGGAGGACUCCUAUUCUCCGUCCUCCCUCUCCUCGUCGUCGUCCUCCUCCGUCCACACUGUGCCCUCCCUGCAGGCGCAAACCCUGUGCACCUCCUGCGGCCUGGAGAUACUGGACCGAUACCUGCUCAAGGUGAACAACUUGUGCUGGCAUGUGCGCUGCCUCUCAUGCAGUGUGUGUAAGACAUCACUGGGGCGACACGUGACCUGCUACAUCAAAGAUAAACAGGUGUUCUGCAAACUCGACUACUUCAGGAGGUAUGGGACCCGCUGUGCUCGCUGUGGCCGCAACAUCCACUCUAGUGACUGGGUGAGAAGGGCUCGAGGCAGCACCUUCCACCUGGCCUGUUUCUCCUGCACCUCCUGUAAGCGCCAGCUGUCCACCGGGGAGGAGUGUGGACUGCUGGAGAACAGGGUCUUCUGCCGGCCACACUAUGAUAUUAUGAUGGAGAAUAUCAAACGCACUAAGGAAAAUGAGCAACCCAAAGUAGAGGACGAGGCGACGGACAAAGAUGACUCUGGCUCCAUGCCUAGACCUGCUAAGAGGGCCAGGACCAGCUUCACUGUAGACCAGUUACAGGUAAUGCAAACUCAGUUUGCUAAAGAUAACAACCCAGAUGCUCAGACUCUCCAGAGACUGGCAGAGAGGACUGGUCUGAGCCGCAGGGUCAUUCAGGUUUGGUUUCAGAACUGCCGUGCUCGUCAAAAGAAACACAUCAGCCCAAAUUCUGUUUCCUCCACCAUGAUGACACCACCUUUAAUGGAGGAUCUGCAUUACACAACCUUUAUGGCCCCAGACACACCACUCCUCACUACACUGACCUAUAUGGACGUCCAAACUCCAGACCCACUUUUGCUUCAGCCACUCAUAUCCCAUUCACUGACACAGCUGCCAGUCAGCCAUGCCUGA